ACAAAGCGGCCACAGCGAGCGACCCAACAUCCGUCACAAGCGGGAAGAAAGCGAUAAGGAGACAGUGAAGCAACCAAAGCUGCUCACUCGCCGGCGAACGAUGGCCACGGCGGCUGCGGCAACGACGUGUGUGCGGGUGUCUUCUCCGUUCACGUGCCCACUUAUCAGGCCUCCCUGCCAUGUCAGUGCUGCGAUGCGGGGACCGAGGAGGGCCGGACUGGCCGUCUCGGCGACCGCUGGGGCCGGCGGUGGGUCGCUGCCCACCGUGCUCGUCACCGGCGCCGGCGGCCGAACAGGCCAAAUUGUGUACAAGAAGUUGAAGGAGAGGGCAGGUCAAUUUGUGGGUAGAGGGCUGGUCAGGACAGAAGAGAGCAGAGGUAAAAUAGGCGGCGGUGAUGAUGUGUUCAUCGGAGACAUAAGGGAUCCCGAAAGCAUAGCUUCUGCGAUUGAGGGCAUUGACGCGCUCAUCAUCCUCACCAGCGCGGUCCCGAAGAUGAAACCAGGGUUCGAUCCUAGCAAAGGAGGGCGUCCCGAGUUUUACUUUGAAGAAGGGUGUUAUCCUGAGCAGGUGGACUGGAUCGGUCAAAAGAAUCAAAUAGAUGCUGCCAAGAACAUCGGUGUAAAGCAGAUUUUGUUGGUUGGAUCCAUGGGUGGAACAGACAUCGAUCACCCAUUAAACAAGCUAGGAAAUGGGAAUAUACUGGUGUGGAAGCGGAAGGCGGAACAGUACCUAGCGGACUCUGGUCUACCAUAUACUAUUAUAAGGGCUGGAGGACUGCAAGAUAAAGAUGGUGGUUUGCGAGAGUUGAUUGUUGGGAAGGAUGAUGAGAUCUUAAAGACUGAAACAAAAACUAUUGCCAGGGCAGAUGUAGCAGAAGUUUGCAUACAGGCCUUGCUAUUUGAGGAGGCAAAGUUUAAGGCAUUUGAUCUGGCAUCAAAACCUGAAGGUGAAGGGACACCAACUACAGAUUUUAGGGCUCUUUUUGCACAAGUUAGCAGUCGCUUUUAAGAAGAUAAGAUCAGUCUGGCCAAGAAAUGAGGGCGAUUUUCAUGAAGGGAUAUGAAAUGUGUAUUGAGUAAGGUUAGUUUCAUUUUUUUUUUUACUAAAUUGAUACAAUAUAACCUUUGUUCCAUGUAACAUUAUUUCCAUGCGAUUUCCCCCCCUUCGUUUCCCUUUCAUAAUGGACAGUGGAUUCUGUGUAUAAUGUUUAUGAUUUCUGUUAGCAUUUAAGGUUUCUUAAGUGCAAUUAGGCA